UUCAUAUCACACAAACACAUCCCUACAUCACAGCAGUCUCAUUCUUUUCCAUUUCUUCAUUCUCGCCAUUUAUGUCAAUGGAUGUUAUAAACCGCUAUCCGGAGAGGAACAUGGACCACCAUGCUACCCCUACGGAGUCAUACGGGGAGCCGUACAAGGGCUACGCGCUCAGUGGGAAGAUCAUGCUCAGUGCAAUUGUUGUUCUUUUCUUUGUUGUCCUACUAAUGGUGUGUCUCCACCUCUACGCGCGGUGGUACAUCCUCCGCGUGCGCCGCCGUAACCUCCGCCGUAACCGCCGUAAUCGGCGGACCAAUAUUAUUUUCCACGAAGAUGCGUCCGGCGCCGCCGUCUCGACCGCCACGCGCGGCCUCGACGUGGCCGUUCUGAAGUCGCUGCCGGUGUUUGUCUACGACUCGGAGACCCACCCGGAGCCGAUUCUGGAGUGUGCUGUGUGCUUGUCGGAGUUUGAGGAGAACGAAACGGGUCGGGUCUUACCGAAGUGUAAGCACAGCUUCCAUAUCGAGUGUAUUGACAUGUGGUUCCACUCGCACUCCACGUGCCCGCUCUGCCGGUGCGCCGUCGAGCCCGGACCCGAGUCAGAUAACCCGGGCGAUGUGGUGUUGAAUGUCUGCGAGCCGGAGAGUAACGAGCCGGGUUCGAGUUCCGGGUUGUGCUCCGGGUCGAGGUCGCUACGGCAGACGUCGUUUGGGGCGAGAAGGAAACCGAUGGAUAUUGCGGUGCCGAGUCGGCACGAGAGCUUUGGGAGGUCGGUGGCGGAGUCGCCGUCGGGUCAGGCGUUCCGAUCGCCGAUGAGCCGGAUGCUGUCGUUUAAACGGAUUCUGAGCAGGGACAGAAGAAGCGGCGGCGUUUCGCCUUCCGGGAAUGCGAGUUGUAGCUCGGUGGCCGAGUUGGAUAUUGAGAAAGGGCGAGAAGGGGCCGAGUGAGCUCGGGGCAAACUCAGAAAUUCAGCAGCUUUAUAAUUUUUUAGGCAGACAUUCGGCGGCGGUUUGUGAGUUUAGGAGUCAGGAAAGUGUUACUGUGUUAGUUAGGCCGGGGGCAAAUAUGGAAAGGGGGAUUCAUACGUGGAAGAAUGUUGGGUAGAAGGCGUGGGUGGAUUUGGAAACUUGUAUAUAUCUUUUUCUUUCAUAUUGUUACUGUAUUUCACUUAAGUGAGAUGGGAAUUUUUUGUCCUUCUGAAAAUUGGGGUGUUUUCUGCAUUUCAAUUUCAAAGUUGUGCAAAGACGAGAAAUACAUGCAGAAGUGAAUGGAUGGAUAGCCAGAAGUUGUGACGGAGAGUUUUCAUAAAUGAUUGAUUUUUGUGCAGCUUGACGGAUGAA